AUGUCAUCACCCAGCCUCCGUACCGGAACACGCUCGCUCCGACUUCGCAGCAUCCGAAAGAACCCGCCGCGAACAAGCACAAGCACAAAUACAAGCAUAAUCUCAGUGCCACGCGUUUCAAUCGCCAAUCAAUCUAGAAACUUGACCGGGAAUGCCUCAGCAGGGACAAAAACUCAGGCUCAGGCUCGUACCGUUGCCGUGCCUUUGCUAAAUCUCCGCGCUCGCAUGACAACACCCCCAACCUCAGCCUGGACCUCAGCCUCAGCAUCCCAACUCAGAAAAUACGCCACAAGCACAAGCACACCAACACCAACAGCAGACAAUCUAAUCGAAGAACUCCAAGACCUGUACGAAAUCGCCAAAGACGAGUUCGAAAUUGCAACCGAUUCCACAGACGGCUCAACAAUCUACGCCGCCUCAGAUCGGGAGUCUGCCCGCGACGCGCUGAAUCAACUCGUUACCGUUUAUGAACUUUAUACCGGGGCCAAGGUUGCCAAGACACACGCUGAUGGGGACGGUGGUGCUGCUGCCGAGGGUGAGGCCGGUGUUGUCGAGACGAAUUUUGAUCCGGCGGGGCUUAGUGAGGAGGUUAGGGGGGAGGUUAGGAGGAGGGUUGGGCAGAGGGUUAGGGAGUUGAAGAAUGCCGUUGAGAUUCUUGAGGAGAGGGCUCAUGAUGAGUAG